GAAAACGAAAAUGUCAAAUUUGAAUCCUUCCGUGGAGGACCAAAUAGCCGUCGGCACCGAGGCCAUUCUGGACAGUCCUCAUGUCACCGUGGGGCCGGGUCGGGUGGCGAACGCACCUGUUCCAAGCGUCUUCGUCGACGAUCGCGGCGACAUUCAUCGGCUGAGAGUUGGGCACAGGCGUAUUAACCUUCUCUACAGCAAAGAAUCAGUCAUGCGUUCAGGGUAUCUUCAUCACCAACCAACGCACGAUUUUGUCGUGACAGGAAAGGUCGAAGUAUGGUAUUUGACUCAGAAAACAACGGAAAAGAAAAUUAUCGGCCCUCGGGAGUACUUUUCCAUUCCAAGUUAUGUCCCACAUAUUCUUUUCUUUUUGGAAGACACAGUUCUCGUUGAAUGGUGGGACUCCAGCGAUGUUCAGUGUUGGUAUUACCAUCCGUAUCGGAAAAUUGUGGAUGUCCAAAAUUCGUUAGUCUCUUCUAGUACGGGGCGUCAUCAGCUUCUCGUGCCGCAAGAUUACAACGUCGACAAGCCGUUGCCUUCGAAUCGCAACGAUUUUGUGUAUGCAGCACUGGGGGUUGUAUUUGGUUUAGUCGUUGGAGUUGUAAUAGGAGAACGCAGACGAUUGGCUUAGUCAAAAAUAGGACCGUAACCAAACCUUUCACAUUUUUGGAUUUUCGAU